AUGGAAAACUGCACCAGGAUCACACAGUCCAUCUUAAUGGGAUUCCAAGGUGACUCUGAAUUGCAGCUUGGUCUUUGCUUUCUCUUCUUGCUGCUUUAUAUCAUCACCUUGAUGGGGAAUAUUGGCAUGAUCACUCUCAUCACUGUUGAUGCACAACUUCACAGUCCUAUGUACUAUUUUCUGAAGAACCUUUCUUUCUUAGAUAUCUGCUAUUCUUCAGUCAUCACUCCCAAGGCCAUGCUGAACUUUGCAACCAGGAACAAGGGUAUUUCUUACAAUGAAUGUGCCAUUCAAAUGUUUUUCUUCUCUCUCUUUGGGACUACUGAGUGUUUUUUCUUGGCUGUAAUGGCAUAUGACAGGUUCAGUGCCAUCUGCAACCCUUUGCUUUAUCAUACUACCAUGUCCAAAAAAAUCUGUGCACUUCUGGUGGCUGUAUCAUACUUCUUUGGCUUUCUAAAUUGUUGUACACAGACGGGCUUUACUUUCAGCUUGCCUUAUUGUGAAUCAGGUGAGGUCAACCAGUUCUUUUGUGAUGUUCCAGCUGUUUUUCAUGCCUCCCAUGUGAACACUUUUGUCAAUGAAAUUGUACUCCUAUUAAUGUGUGGUUUUAUCAUACUUGUGACAGCCACAAUUGUCCUAAUCUCCUAUGGCUACAUUGUUGCUACCGUCUUGCACAUACCUUCUGUUCAAGGGAGACACAAAGCCUUCUCAACGUGCACUUCUCACAUCAUGGCUGUAACCUUGUUCUAUGGAUCAGCUUUCUUUAUGUAUGGUCAACCUGGAGCCAUGACUUCUCCUAACCAAGGCAAAGUAGUCUCUGUGUUUUAUACCAUUGUUAUUCCGAUGUUGAACCCACUAAUAUACAGCCUAAGGAACAAAGAUGUCAAAGAUGCCUUAUGGAGACAACUCAAAAGAAUGUCUUUGUUCCCAUAA